AUGACUCCCAUCAAGCUGCUGGUGCAGGCUACUCAGAGGCCGGAAGGCCGAACCUACGCCGAGUACGAAUCCGUGAAUGAAUGCAUGGAAGGCAUCUGUAACAUGUACGAAGAACACCUGAAGCGGAUGAACCCUCUCGGCCAGUCCAUCACGUAUGGGGUCGGUCAGUUGUUUGAGUUCAUUGACCAUAUGGUGAACCUCAGCUGCCUGGUGUUCCGAGAAGACACCCAGACCUACAAGCCUUACAGCCGAGAGUGGAUCAAAGAGAGGCUCUACGUGCUUCUCAGUCAGCAGACACAAAAGGCCGGGUCAUAG